CGGCCAAUACAGAAGAAAAACCCAACUCAUGCCAACAGAAAACCUACACCUCAUAAAGGUUGAAUUGAACAAUCUGAAGCCGACGCAGAGCUCCAUACGAGUCAUUGGUCACAUACCUCUCAAGUGACAUGUCGAUCUCUGAGACACUCAGCCUUCGUCCUGCACGCCUAGGCGAUCUUGAGGAUAUCGUCGCCAUUACGAUCGCAGCAACGGCAGGCCAAGCAUUGAUUUCGUUCAACUUUCCGCACCGCCUGGAAUUCCCGCAGGAUUAUUAUUAUCACUGGAAGACGCUGAUAAAAGCUUCAUUCUAUGACCCAAACUCGAUCGUGCUAGUGGUCGAAAAGGUAAGUGGGGAUGGAAGGAAGGUGAUCGCCUGGGUGGAAUGGGAAUGGAAGGGAAAGGACCCGGCCCCACAUCCGCCAUAUUGCAAUUCUUGGACAAAAGCUAUCGGUGCGAGAUUAUUCACCAUCCAGACAAACAUAAUCAAGUCAUUUUGGACUCGGCACGAUGAUAAUCCAAAGAACCGCUCCACCUGGAUCGUAACUAAAAGUCGGAUCGAUCGCGAGUACUGGUCCUCACAAUCGCGGCUCAUUUAUCUAUCUGCACUCUACACCCAGCCCGAGUUCCAAGGCCAAGGCUCGGGCACUCUGUUGAAGAAUUGGGGGCUAGCUCUAGCAAAACAACAUCAUACCGUGCUUGGAGUGAUCGCCAGCCACCCUCCUUCGGUGGUUAUUUACAAGCAUUGGGGAUUUGAGGAAGUCGAGGUAGUACGGAUGCAGCAGGAAGGCGAGCCGGAAUAUGUUGAUAUACACGUGCUCCGUCACGGGCCACCAGAUAAUUAGGAUCCUGUCAAGAAUCUAGGGUAAGAUUACUUUCGCUCAAUUGGAGUUAAAGGAGUUGUCAUUAUAUUCAAGCCGUACU